AUGAGCAUCAAUGCAAUGUAUCGAUUAGCCUCUGAGCACGGAUGCCCAGCCCAUAUGGAUGUGACGUGUCACUUCCUCCCUGUGGCCGAGGCUGAUACCAGCGUGUACUCUCACAGAGUGGCAGUGGGAGGGGACAGCCCUUGGGCUAACCUGGCAGCAACUCUGUGCCAAAGGCUGGCAAGAAGUGAGGAGCGACAUCUGCUGUUCCCCUGCGCUCAGGUCCUCAUCCACCCAGCCUUGCAGAAGGCAGAUUUCAACCUGCCCUCAUACCAGCAAAAUCAUGCUGUGCCCAUAUUGUUUCGUGGCCGGAUGGCGUUCUGCUUCCUGCAGAACCUCAAUGGACACAUUUCUGUUAGCCAAGAUGUGUUGGAAAGCUAUCAUGUCCCCACUAAGCCCAGGCCACGGUAUGAAAGGUGGCUCUCCCCAUCCAACCUGCCUCCCGGGUGCAACGCAAGAGGUUAUUGUAACCACCAAACCCCAGAAUAUAAUGGGGAGGUGUACUACCUAUCAAAGCUGCUCUGGAACAUUGACUGAAUAAAUAAUGAGUCUAGCCAAUGGGACAUCAACCAUUGCUUUGUUGAAUGUCUUUCGGGGCUUUGACUUGGGAAUUUUGGCCGCCACUAAGCCUGUUUUUUGGUGCCAAAAGAGACCAUAUUUGAACUAGUGAGUAGCCCUGGAGAGGGACAAGGGGUUGGAAAAAAGACAAGUUAUUAAAGCAGUAUAGUCUGUGACCGAGGCUGAGUUAUUAGCUUGGUAAUGAGCUAGAUUACCAAAGUUUUUUCCCACAGACUGAGUUUUUAUAGUUGGUUGUAGCUGACCAGAUUUGUUUAUUUAUGACUGAGGAGAGCUUGUGAAACAUAGUGGACUUGCUGUGUUCUUGCUAAUAUCUCAUAAAGAGAGCAGGCAGCAAGUGAACAGCACAUAUCAGGUGAAUGCUCGGUCUUCACUGCAGCCUAAAAAUGUAGUCUAAGGGGAAAGGCCAGCAACACUCCUGACACUUAUACACUGAUAUAAAGACUCCAUUUUUACUGUCGUAGAAACACUGAAAGCUAACAGGCAAGGUGAAUGCAGACACCAAAAACAUGCUAAUUAGUGCUAACAUAAGAACCAUCUACUAAUAUCAUUUCAAAAGCUCAAAACACUGGGGUAGCCUGCAGACUUCCUUAACUGCCUUCUAGUACAAUAAAGCUCACAGCAAGCUUUAGUAUUGGGCUGUUAUUGCCAUAAAAAACACAAACAUGGACGAGAGGUAAAGUGACUGAAUUAGCUUAGGCGACAAGUAGCAGCUAGCAGCUACAUCUUGUCAUUGAAAGUAAUCCCCAGUAUGCACGAUUUAAAACUUAAUAUAAAUACAAAUGAUAAUAGUUAAGAGAAGUUACAGUUAGAGAAGUUUAUUGUAGGGGCCAAAAUUGUUUAUUGCAAACAUGUUUUAUUUUGCUUUAAAUUUGGUCUUUUAAAUAUGGGACCUCAGGGGUAUUGACUCACUUUUGGAGGCAGCCUCAAGUGGCCACUGUAAGAACUGCAUCUUUGGGCACUUACAGGCUGGCCUCAUUUUUAGCCCACAGGUUGAUUUAUUAUUUGAGGUCUCACAAUCACUGGCAGAUGUUGCUGUCACUCUAAAAAACCACCUUCCUUCACCCUUACAUGUAAGAAUGAUGUCCAGAGGGAUGAUAGGAUUAUUUACAGGAGACAGCUGCUUCUCUUGGAAAAGGAAGUCACCUGGUAGUUUGUGCUGGACGGCUUGCAUGGCACGAUUAACAUCUGUAACCAGGGCUGGUUCUCCUUCAUCUCUGCGGUGCAGGUUGUGGAAAGUGGUGCUCACUUGAUAAAAAAAAAAGUCUGGAAAGAUCAUAAACAGGA